GAGAAAGAGCCUUCGGCAUACUACCUACUUCUUACACUCUUUUGAUAUCAUUACUUUGCUUGACCAGCCGGUCCAUCAGACACUAUGAAGCAGACGCUUCUUGCCCUCGGGGCUUUCUUUACAGCCGUCACGGCUAUCGCCCUUCCUCUUGACUCUUUGCAGUCGAACCCUCAUCUCACACCUCUGAAGCCUCGUCAGGGUUGUGAAAACACUCCGACUUCCCGUGAAUGCUGGGGAGAGUUUGGUCUCGAUACCAAUUACUACACCACCUGGCCCAACACCGGAAACACCAGGGAGUACUGGCUCUCUGUCCAGCAGGGAGACUGCUCCCCUGACGGCUACCUUCGAACAUGCAUGACCUUUAACGGCACUAUUCCUGGCCCCACGAUCUUUGCCGAUUGGGGUGAUGACCUUGUCAUCCAUGUCACCAAUAACAUGCUGGAGAACGGGACAGCCAUUCACUGGCAUGGUCUCCAUAUGAGGGAUAACUCUCUUAAUGAUGGCGUGCCUGGCGUUACUCAGUGUGGUAUCCGCCCUGGUGACACCCAGACCUACCGGUUCAAGGUCACCCAAUAUGGCUCGACUUGGUACCACUCUCAUUUCUCUCUGCAGUACGCUGAAGGUCUCUUUGGCGGCAUGAUCUUCAAUGGUCCGGCUACUGCAGACUAUGAGGUUGACCUUGGCAACUUGUUCCUCUCUGACUGGGGCCACACCGAGGCAUUCCAUCUCUGGAGUACUGUCGCCAAGGGCGGUAGGCCUCCCACGCUUGAAACAGGUCUCAUCAACGGCACCAACACCAUUACUCCUAACUGCAACCCUGCCACCGACGCUCGCUGCGUUGGACAGGGUGCAAAGCACGAGAUCAUUUUCAAGGAGAACACAACAUAUCUCAUCCGUCUCGUCAACCCAGCUGUUGACUCAGUGUUCGACUUCAGCAUUGAUCAGCAUGACCUGACUGUUAUCGCCCAAGAUCUUGUCCCAAUCAAGCCUUACACCACAGACUCGGUUCAGAUCUCCAUGGGUCAAAGAUAUGAUAUCGUCGUCACAGCCAAACCCAAGAACAAGACCGCCGACGGCAACUACUGGCUCCGCGCCGGACUCAUUGCAGGAUGCAGCGGUCCCAACCUCAACGCUGCAAGCAUCACCGGCAUUGUCCGCUACGACGAGGAUAGCACUGCACUCCCCUCCUCCACCAACCACAACACCAUUUCCACCAGCUGCCUCGGCGAACCUCUCGCCAGUCUCGAGCCCUACCUCGAACUGAACGUGACAAACAUGUUCAACACCACCCUCGAGAACCUGGGCACCAGGCCACAGGGCGUCGACGGCGCGGAGUGGUUCCAGUGGACGCUCAAUACCUCCUCCCUGCACCUCGACCCGUCCCACCCCACGCUGGAGCACGUCUUUAACAACGAAAGCAUCUUCCCCACCCCUUACAACGUGGUGGGUGUGCAGCCUUCCGGCACCGGUGAGCAACAGUGGCAGGUGCUCAUCAUCCAAGACCAAACUCAGAUUGGCGCCGCCCACCCAAUCCACCUCCACGGUCACGACUUCUGGGUACUGGCCGCAGUUCCCCAAGCAACCUUCAACGGCGACACCUCCGGUUUCAACACCGCCAACCCCUCCCGCCGCGACGUCGCCGUCCUCCCCGGGCGCGGCUACCUCGCUAUCGCGUUCGAGCUCGACAACCCCGGUGCUUGGCUGGUGCACUGUCACAUCGCCUGGCACGCCAGCCAGGGCUUGUCGCUGGAAUUUGUUGAGAGCCAGAGCAAGAUCAGGAGCGGACUGCUGCAGAGGGACAUCGAUGAGUUUGAGCGGACUUGCCAGAGGUGGACGGGCUGGCCGCCUGUUCACCCGCAGGAGGACUCUGGUAUCUAAGUGAGAUUUCAGGCUCCUAGGAGGUGGUAGUUUCUUUUGUACCUGCUGUACCUACAUGGGGGUUUCUUUGAAUUUUUGGGUCUUGGAUAACUGGUUGGUGGUUGCGCAUAGACGGGGUCUCGUUAUGGGGUUGUGUUAGUGUAUGAGAACACUCUCAAGGUAUUUCGUGCAGGGUAACAAACUGACAGGGAAAUGUACUUUUCGAUUGGGUUUGUCAUUGAAACAUUGGUUCAUGUGCACUAUGUGGG